AAGGUGUGAUAGGGUGACGAGUUUGACCAACAGAAAUGGAGAGAAGAGACCACAUCUUUUGUCUUUUUCUCAGUGGGAGACUCCAGUCUAGAACGUGUACAUCUAUGCUGGAGAAUGCCAACAACGCACACGACGACGUAUUCAAGAACGUCUCUGAACUGAGCCUGCAAGCUAACAAGCCAUCCAAGCUAGCUAGAUAUCCGAAGAUGGCGGCUUGUAGACGUGUUCCUCCCCUACUGCUCUUGAUGUCCAUCAUUUUGUAUGUGCAUACCGUCGGAGGAGAGAAAUUUCAGAGCAAUGGUAUCGUCAAACAUGCCGUUAAUGCAGAUAAUGCUCCAAAACAAGUUGGAGUUGCACCGGUUGCUGCAAACGCAGAGCCUGUUGACAAGAGUUCAGUAGUCGCGGCCUCGCCACUCCGAAAGCGCACGACCGGCUGGAAGCUGGCGGAGGAGCCAGUUUGUCGUGAUGACUUGACCAGACUUUGUCAAAAAAAUUCGUGGACCAACAACCUGGCCGUGCUUGAGUGCCUCCAGGAGAGGAAAGAGGAACCAGAGAUAGCUGCUGACUGCAGUCAUCUCCUUUGGAACUACAAGCUGAACCUGACGACUGACCCCAAGUUUGAGUCUGUGGCCGUCGAGGUGUGCAGGAGCACCAUUCCUGAGAUUAAGGAGUGUGCAGUGGAGGAGAGGGGGAAGGGCUUCCUGGUCUCCUGUCUUGUGGACCACCGCAGCAACAUCACAGAGUACCACUGCAACCAGUACAUCACCAAGAUGGCCACCAUCAUCUUCAGCAACUACCGUCUCAUCUGCGGUUUCAUGGACAAGUGUCGUGACGACAUCAACACCCUGCACUGUGGCAGCAUCAGCACUGGGGACAAGGACCUGCACUCCCAGGGCGAGGUGAUUGGCUGCUUGGAGAAGGCGCUGGUGCACGAGGCGGAGGAGCAGCCGGGAGCUCAUGCCAUCAGGGACGACUGUAAGAAGUCCAUCAUGCGCGUGGCCGAGCUCUCCUCUGACGACUUCCACCUGGACCGCUACCUGUACUUCUCCUGCCGCGAGGACCGCGAGCACUUCUGUGAAAACAUUCCAGCGGGGGAGGGCAGAGUGUACAAGUGUCUCUUCAACCACAAGUUUGAAGAGGCCAUGUCUGAACGGUGCAGGGAGGCCCUGACCACCAGGCAGAAGCUCAUCGCCCAGGACUACAAGGUGAGCUACUCGCUGGCCAAGGCCUGCAAGUCUGACCUGAGGAAGUACCGCUGCAGCAUGGACACCAACCUGCCCCGUGCUCGUGAGGCUCGCCUCUCCUACCUGCUGCUCUGCCUGGAGUCAGCUGUCCACAGAGGGCGGACGGUGAGCGGGGACUGCCAGGGGGAGAUGCUGGACUACAGGAGGAUGCUGAUGGAGGACUUCUCCCUGAGCCCUGAGAUCGUGCUGCAGUGUCGCGGGGAGAUCGAGGCUCACUGCUCCGGCCUGCACCGCAAGGGCCGCACCCUGCACUGCCUCAUGAAGGUGGGCCGAGGAAACACGGGCGCCAUCGACACCCUCUGCCAGAACGCCCUCCAGAACCUGAUCCAGGAGGCCGACCCAGGGGCUGACUACAGGAUUGACCGGGCCCUGAACGAGGCCUGUGAGUCGGUCAUCCAGACCGCCUGCAAACACAUCCGUAACGGAGACCCCAUGAUCCUGUCAUGUCUGAUGGAGCACCUGUACACUGACAAGAUGCUGGAGGACUGUGAACACAGGCUGCUGGAACUGCAGUACUUCAUCGCCAGAGACUGGAAGCUGGACCCGGUCCUGUAUAAGAAGUGCCAGGGGGACGCGUCUCGCCUGUGCCACACGCACGGCUGGAACGAGACCAGUGAGGUCAUGCCCCCGGGGGCCGUGUUCUCCUGCCUCUACCGCCACGCCUACCGCUCUGAGGAGCAGGGCCGACGGCUGUCCAGGGACUGCAAGGUGGAGGUUCAGCGUAUCCUCCACCAGAGGGCGCUGGACGUCAAGCUGGAUCCUGAGCUGCAGAGACGCUGCAUGACUGACCUGGGGAAGUGGUGCAGCGAGAAGACUGACGCUGGUCAGGAGCUGGACUGUCUGCAGGACCACCUGGAAGAGCUCGUCCCAGAGUGCCGAGACGUGGCAGGAAACCUGACUGAGCUGUGGUCUGAGGACAUCCAGAUGGAGACUCUGCUGAUGAGAGCGUGUGAUCCUGUGAUCCAGGCCCACUGUCACGAGGUGGCUGAUAACCAGAUAGACACAGGGGACCUGAUGGAGUGUCUGGUGCAGAAUAAACACCAGAAGGAGAUGAAUGAGAAGUGUGUCGUGGGCGUCACACACUUCCAACUGAUCCAGAUCAAGGACUUCCGCUUCUCCUACAAGUUCAAGAUGGCAUGCAAGGAGGAUGUGCUCAAACUGUGUCCCAACAUCAAGAAGAAGGUGGACGUGGUGGUGUGUCUCAGCACCACCGUGAGGAACGACACCCUGCAGGAAGCCCGGGAGCAGCGCGUGUCGGUCAGGUGUCGCAAGCAGCUGAGGGUGGAGGAGCUGGAGAUGUCAGAGGACAUCCGUCUGGAGCCAGAGCUUUAUGACUCGUGUAAGCAGGACAUCACCAGGCUGUGUCAGAACGUGGCCUUUGGAAACGCUCAGGUCAUCGAGUGUCUGAAGGAGAACAAGAAGCAGCUGAGCCAGCGCUGUCACCAUCGUGUGUUCAGACUGCAGGAGGUGGAGAUGCUUGACCCAGAGAUGGACUACCAGCUCAUGAGGGUCUGCAAGCAGAUGAUCAGGAGAUUCUGCACCGAGGCUGAUGCUAAAAACAUGCUGCAGUGUCUGAAGCAGAACAAGAACAGUGAACUGAUGGACCCCAAGUGUAAACAGAUGAUCACCAAGAGACAGAUCACCCAGAACACAGACUACAGGUUGAAUCCCGUCCUGAGGAAGUCCUGUAAGGCCGACAUCCCCAAAUUCUGCCAGAACGUCCUGAACAAGGCUGCCGGAGACAGUGAGCUGGAGGGCCAGGUCAUCUCCUGCCUCAAGCUCAAAUAUGCCGACCAGCGUCUGUCGCAGGACUGUGAGGACCAGAUCAGGGUGGUUCUCCAGGAGUCAGCUCUAGACUACAGACUAGAUCCUCAGCUCCAGAUCCACUGCACUGAGGAGAUCUCCCGUCUGUGUGCGGAGGAGGCAGCAGCACAGGAGCAGACAGGUCAGGUGGAGGAGUGUCUGAAGGUCAACCUGCUCAAGAUCAAACAGGAGGGCUGCAAAAAGGAGGUGUUAAACAUCCUGAAGGAGAGCAAGGCCGACAUCUUUGUGGACCCGGUCCUCCACACAGCCUGCGCCCUGGACAUCAAACACCACUGUGCUGCCAUCCCCCCUGGACGAGGACGACAGAUGUCCUGUCUGAUGGAGUCUCUCCAGGACAAACGUGUUCGUCUGCAGCCGGAGUGUAAGAAGAGACUGCAGGAUCGCAUGGACAUGUGGAGCUACGCAGCCAAGGUGGCCCCAGCAGAGGGGCUCUCUGACCUGGCCAUGCAGGUGAUGACCUCCCCCUCUAAGAACUACAUCCUGGCCAUGAUCGGCCUGGGGGUGAGCGUGCUGUUCCUGCUCGGCCUGCUCUGCGGACGCAUCACCAAGCGCGUCACACAGGAGCUCAAGGACAGGUAGAUGACUGGCCCGGGGGCCCUGGCCCCCCAGGUAGAGGACUGGACCCCGGGGGCCCCGGCCCCCCAAGAAGAUGAUCAGGAACAACCACCAAUAUGGAAAGGCUCUCUGUCCUUCCAGCUUCUCUCCCAUCUCCCUCUCUCCUCCCCCUUUUGAGCUCUUUCUAUCUUUGUGGUCUUCUUAACCUUCCCACACACGACUGGGAGGCAGAGGGAGACUUUGCAGGUUCUUGACUCAAAGCUUUGCAGUUGGAGGGCCGUGUUGGGACUGCGUCCACCCCCCCCCCCCACCCCCCCCCCCCCCCCCCCCCCCCCCCCCCCCCCCCAGGACCCCCAGCUCAGUCUCCCAGCACUGCUGUGACUGAGCCCCCCCCUCCUCGCCGUCCUGCAGGCUGACUGACCACAUACUCAGACCACGUCUGAGUCACCAUGAACGAUUGUUUACUCAUUGUGAAUAUUUGGACCUUGGAUUUGGAUAUUUGGAUUUUUUUUUGUGUGCAGUUUUUCUGUUGGACUGUUCUCACAUAGAUGCAAUCUUUAGUUUCCUGCUUGUCUGCUUGCAGUGGGGUCUCCUGUGGUGAAGGUGGCUUCUCGCAAAGGAUUAUGGGAGAAAGAAAAACAUCGACUAACAUCUUCUUCUUCUGAUCCAAGUUUUCCAAGACUUGGGGGUGUUUGUGUGUGUUUGUGCACGCUGGUAUUUGAUGUGUGAAUGGACAGUAUGAUUUUCUCCGUUCACUCCUCACGUCCUCUAGCGGGUGUGUGGUGUGUGAGUGCUUGUUGAUGUGGAUGAUCUGAUGAUCUGAUGAGCCCAGGGACUGCUGUGAGGCAGACUGAGCCUCACGUUCAGACAGGCUCUCACACUGGAAAAGGUGUUAUUAUAGUGGUCAUGUAUAAUAUCUAUACUGGUAGAACUAGCAGCGUAAACAUUUCAAUUGCCAUCUCCACAUUGCUUUGGCAAGGUUUGUUGUGGUAUCUCGCACCAUGACUGUGUUAGCAUGGGAGCGCUAUGGUGCCUCGCACCAUGACUGUGUUAGCAUGGGAGCGCUAUGGUGCCUCCCACCAUGACUGUGUUAGCAUGGGAGCGCUAUGGUGCCUCGCACCAUGACCGGGUUAGCAUGGGAGCGCUAUGGUGCCUCGCACCAUGACCGGGUUAGCAUGGGAGCGCUAUGGUGCCUCCCACCUUGACUGUGUUGGCAUGGGAGCGCUAUGGUGCCUCGCACCAUGACCGGGUUAGCAUGGGAGCGCUAUGGUGCCUCGCACCAUGACCGGGUUAGCAUGGGAGCGCUAUGGUGCCUCCCACCUUGACUGUGUUAGCAUGGGAGCUAAUUUAACAGGGGCUGUGGUAGGGAGCGUUAGCCAGGAGCUCAGGGCUGGGACAGCAGGCUCCCUAAGGGCUUGUUCGCUCCCCAGGGUCCACACCCUGCAGGUUCAGCUGUGUAGCGGAUCUUAGGCAAGACGAGGAGAGCAGAGUGUCACCAGGAGACUGAACACAGGUUGGGUUGAGGGGUCAAACUAUUGCAAAUAACAAAAAUAAAGAUACCAGAUGUGAACAUUUUGUUUUAAAAUGAUACUGGAACCAUUGCACAUUUUUUUUUAUUAUUUCUUUUUUUAUCUAAGAAUAUAUAUAUAUUGUUUGGUCAUAGCCUUAUUUAUUUGUUUACUAAUGGUCAAAGUUUGUAAGCCAUGUUGUUGAUGUGAAUGCUGCUCUUGUUGCCUUUACUUACUGCCUGCCAAGUUUCCUCAUUCCAGCUAGCUGAUCCGUCAGAUUCAGGAUCCAGGGUCUUCGGGGCGUUGGGCCAUCUGGGUCAGAUUCAGGAUCCAGGGUCUUCGGGGCGUUGGGCCAUCUGGGUCAGUUUCAGGAUCCAGGGUCUUCGGGGCGUUGGGCCAUCUGGGUCAGUUUCAGGAUCCAGGGUCUUCGGGGCGUUGGGCCAUCUGGGUCAGUUAGUGAAAUCUCAAAUACACAGCACCUGCCGAGUUGUCCUUUAGUCAAACAUGACUACAAUCCUGGAGAUGUAGGACAGCCAUUCUCUUACACGUCAAUGUCACUUUUGCAGAUUCUUCCUGUUUUGAGUUCUUAGUUAAAGGGGGGGAAGUAUGCUGUUAAAUGAUUUCCAAUGUCAGUUGCCAGUGUCAUUGUUUUGAUGUUGACUCGAUCACUUCCUUGCUUGUCAAAUGGACUCUGUAUGCUGUACUGUUUCAUGUUGAUCUCUCAAUGCGUGCCUACUCUUGACAAUCCCCGAGGGGCACCAAGUGUACACAUGUCUGCGCCUCUUCCCUCACCCUUUGAAACAUGAUUCUAAAACGAAACAAGCUGAAGGUGUGUGUAUGUAUGAGACCCUGGGAUAGCGCAAGACUUCCAGGACGAAGUUUGAAGAACAUGGUGUUUUCUACCAGCACUCUCGUGCUACAAAUUCAGCAUUAAAUAUCGUCAAGUCAUUCUAUAUAUCAGUACUUAACUGUUCCUUGGUCUGUGGGAAGCUUUCAUAAAGUCAAAAAGAAAACUGACCAUAACAAAGACUAUUACAUAUGAUUAAGAUUUAAAAAAUGUGUUUUUGUAAUUGUGUACAAAUGUAUGGAGGUCUUUUGCUUUUCAUCUUUGUUUAUGCCAUAUAACGGCCCAUCGGUGCAUAUUACUAGUUUGGAUUUUGUUACAAUUUAUUUUCUUUUUGUUUUGGUUAGUUCUGUGCAGAUGACAUUGGACAGUUUGUUAAUAGUAAAAUCUGCAGUUUUUUACUGUA